AUGGCUGGAUCAAUACUCCCACACAUUGCUGAAAAGUUACUGGAUAAGUUGGCCUCUUUUGUUGUGGAUGAAGUCUCCUCGGCUUGGGGGGUCAAAGAAGAGAUCCUUAAGCUGCAAAAGACUCUCGUCGCCAUCUCAGCAGUCAUUGCAGAUGCCGAGCAGAGGGAACCCCACGAACAUAGGCUCUGUGCCUGGCUAGAUGAUCUCAGAGAUGUCUUAGAUGAGUUAGAGAAUGCUCUGGAUGAAUUCCAAUGCGAAGUGUUGCGGAAGCAGAUCAUUAAGCGAGGUAACUUGUGUGGAAAGGUUCGAUAUUACUUUUCCUGCUCCAAUCCACUUGCCUUCCGCUUUAAGAUGGGACACAGAAUAAAGGAGAUCAAGGAGAGGCUGGAUGAGAUUACUGAUCGGAAGGAUGCAUUCAGUCUGAACCAGCAAACCAACUCUCAUGGCGUUUCUCAUAGCAUAUGGCGGGAAACCCAUUCCCACGUGCAUUUGCCUGAAGUAAUUGGAAGGGACAUUGAUCGGGAUGCGAUUGUCGAGCGCUUACUGUGCCCAGGCAUGGCUCAGAAUCCCUUCGUAGUUUCAAUUAUCGGAAUUGGAGGUCUCGGAAAGACGACCCUUGCUAAAUUGGUAUACAAUGACAGCAGGGUAGAAGUUCACUUUGAGAAGAGAAUAUGGGUGUGUGUCUCAGAGGACUUCAAUCUAAAGAAUAUCCUGCAGAAGAUUGUCAGCCACAUGAGUCCAACCGCAGAUCAGAGCAAUAAUCAUGAUCUGGAUGUGGAGCUAUUGCAAGCUAACUUGCGUGGUCUCUUGAAAGACAAGAAGUUUUUACUCGUACUAGAUGAUGUGUGGAAUGAAAAUCGUCGUCAGUGGAAUGAGUUGGCUGAUCUCCUCUAUGGUGGCACCAAAGGCAGCAGCUUAAUCGUGACAACACGUAACUCGAAUGUUGUAUCCACUGUGAGAGCCAGCUAUGAACACAAAUUAGAAGGGCUUUCGCGUGACGAUUGUAUUGCCCUAAUCGAGAAGCAUGCCAAAGUAAUAGAUCCGGAGCUCCUAGAGAUUGUCAGCCAGAUAGUUGGAAAAUGUGGCGGUGUUCCGCUCGUGUUGAGUGCUCUUGGAGGCAUGCUCCAUUCGAACACCGAUGUAAGACACUGGAGAUCCAUCUUAGCUAAGGAUAUACUGAGCACGCUGCAAAAUGAAGAUGAUAUCAUCCCAAUAAUCAGAUUGAGUUACGAUCAUUUGCCACCUCAUUUGAAGAGAUGCUGUGCCUUCUGCUCACUUUUCCCAAAGGAUCAUAGUUUUUGGAGUGUCACUAUGAGGAGUUUUUGGAAAUCAGCGGGACUGAUUGACACACCAAGUGAUACUGAUAGCCAAGACGAGGAGUGCAACCACUACAUGAGAGAGCUGUUGGCCAGAUCAUUCUUUCAAGACUUGGAGGACUACGGUGUUGACUUUCAUUUUAGAAUGCAUGAUAUAGUGCACGAUCUAGCGUUACUUGUUGCCCAGAAUGAGUGUUCAAUUGCAAAUUUUGACACUCCAAGCAUUCAGCAAACGGUGCGGCACACAUCAUUCUUUGUCAAUAGCUCCAAUAGACAAGUAGAACCACUACCUGCGGUGCCACCAUUCUUGAGAAAACCAAACAGACUUCAUACCCUUAUAUUCCAGUUUUACAAAGCUGGGAUUUCUAAAGAGCUUGUCAACGCAUGCAUCUCUAACUGCAAGUACUUGCGCCUCCUAGACCUUAAAGGAUCCAAUUUCGAGGUGAUGCCGAGGUCCAUUGACACCUUAAAGCAUCUAAGGUUUCUCAGCCUGUAUGGAAAUGAACGAAUAAGGAGACUCCCCAACUCAAUUUGUGACUUGCAAAGCCUACAAAUCUUAUGGCUUGAAAGAUGUGAUAGCCUCGAAGAGUUGCCAAGAGAUAUGUGGAAGUUAAUCAACCUUGAACAACUGUCUAUAACGACGAGACAAAAGAGUUUGAAGAGCAAUGGGAUAGGGUGCCUGAAGUCUCUAAGAUAUCUGUGGAUUAAUAGAUGCAACAAUCUCGAAUCUUUAUUCGAAGGGAUGGAUACCGAGUCCUUCACUGCCCUUCAAGGCUUGUAUAUUUUCUGUUGCUCAAGCCUGACAUCUAUUCCUGUGAACAGAUUGAAUUCUCUAAAUUCUCUGGAAGUUCUUAGUAUUAGUUAUUGCGAGAAGCUUAGUUUGUCCAUGGAUGGUGAGGCGGUCUUCUCACUCACUCUCCGUGAAUUUAGGUUCUCAGGUUUCCCACUUAUGUUAGCCUUGCCCGAAUGGGUCCAUGGAUCUGCUAACACCCUACAGAGCUUAAGAAUCCACGACUGUCAGCAACUGGAGGAUUUGCCUGAUUGGCUCCCAAAACUCUCACACCUGAAAAGACUUGAGAUAAGUGAAUGCUAUAACAUAUCGUCCCUCCCAGAUGGAAUGAAAAGCCUGGCCGCGCUCCAACAUCUGGAAAUUGAUGCUUGUGAUGAGCUGGGCGGAAGAUGCCAACCAAAUAGGCCGGACUGGCACAAGAUUGCUCACAUUCCAGAGAUUAAAAUCAAUGGCAAGAAGAUCAAUUACUGA